AUGGCCCCUCCCGAAAUCCAUUCAACAUUUUCCGUCACUUCGGGCUGCCUCUGCUUCGGGGACCUUGCUGAAAUCUGUAAAGGGGCAUCCAGCACGAUCCAGCCAUUUCCUAAUGUGAGACUGAGGGUCGGUGGAACUGUCAAAGCCCAUAAGAUUGAGUACAAUGUGGUGGCGGAGAACGGAAACUGGAAUGUCUACCAGCUAAUUGACUGGGAAAGAGGUGGCAUUUCAGGAUGGUUUAUUUGCCAUUCUACCACGGUUGAUAACCCUGCUCAGGAAAUGGACAAGAUUCUCCAAGUCUCCGGCUCACCCUACGAACCAGACAGUGGAAGCAUGAUGAAUAACGACAAAACAGCUGCUGAGGGGAUCUUUGUCAUUAACUGA